ACCAGCGAAUUAUCAUCCUGAGGCUAUUUCGCGAUGGACGGAGGAGGAGGAGGCAGCGGAGGGGUUACCCCGAAAAUUCUGCACCUCCAGCGGGCCCUGUCAGGCGGCUUUGGGUUUUCAUUGAUGGGAGGUAGGGGCACUGGAUUUCCCCCGGUGAUAUGUGACAUUUUAAGUGACUCGCCUGCUUCAGAAUGCGAAGGAAUGCAAGUAGGAGAUAUUAUUCUGGAGAUAAACAAUGAAACAAUGGAUAACAAAUCAACAAAAGAAGUGGUUACGGCGUUAAUGAAAUCUCCGGAUGAUCUGAUACUGAGAGUGAAAGAAGAUUUUGCAACAAGAGAUCGUGUCCUGAAGUUCUUGGCACCUCUGGACAAGUCGCCAAGUUCUCAACAUCGUGGAUUCAAAUCAACUAGUAUCAUCAGUCCAAGACCGAAAAUUGAAAAGCGGGACUUCACGAACAUCAGCAGUGACCGUGUGGUGUGUACGUCUGGUGAUGUCAAUGGUGUUGAGGCAGGUGUAGUAGAGAGUGACUCUUCACCUGACUUGAGCGAGAGGCUACGUGCAGGAGCAACCAACAGAGACACAGAAGUGCUUCGGGGACUUCAGUCACCGGUACUUCCAAACAGGACAGGAUUUGAUCAUGAUUUGAGGGAGAAUGGAGAAGAUGAGAUCAGAGAUCAUUUAGGAACGCCAAAGAGCAAUGGCAUAGACGUCGGUCAACCUACAGAUAGCUUAGUAAACUCACAUUCCUACAACUCUGAUGCCAACGCAUCUGAAGAAUUUGUUGGUCAAAUACUCACAACGACCGCUUUGAUCCAUCGUGAGGAUUCACUCAAAGAAGGAGGUCUUUCAGCUGCAAGACAAUUAGAUUCCAUUGAGGAAGGAAGGACAGAUCUUGUCGAUGGAUGUGUUCAGUCAAGCACUGCCCUUGCUAACCAGGAACGUGUUCAGGAGAUUGACCCUGUAGCGAGAAGUGUGGAGACUGAUACCACAAUGAAUAAUGGACAUUCUACCGCUGAGCUGGUGCGUAUCACCAGUAACCAGCUACCAACGGCAUUCAGUCACAGUCAAGAUGUACGGACUAGAAUACAAAAUGGGACCAACGUCUCCCACAACAAUGACACCAUGUCGUCCUCACUUGACAGUGCCUUUGUAACGUCAUCUCCUGUUGUAAAGGUGAAAACCACUGCAACGACCGUUAGCCUGAACAGGAACACACCUUCUGAAGUGAAAAUAAAGAGUGUUCAACAACCGAUGGAAUCCUCAAAGCCAAAACUUUCCACAAAUGCAAUAGGAAUACAGACGAACCCUUCAGACUUAGAGCCGAGAAUAGAAAACGGAGGUUUGAAAAGAGAUAGUUCACCCCCAGCAGCAAUAGCUGCACCUACAACGGGUCAGACAAAGAUGGGUAAUGGUGGAAGUAUAGGUUCUACAGAUUUACCAGGAUUAACGCCAAGGGACAGGGACUCAAGCUCCAGCUCAAGUAGCGAUGAUCUUGAGUUUCCAGACAUGAACAGUUUAGAGAGUGCGCUUCAUGAAAACCCAAAGAACUUAGAUGUGCCAUCAGCUAAAAGACUUGCAAAGAGACUCUAUGAACUUGAUGGUUUUAAGAGAGAAGAUGUAUCUAUUCAUUUAAGUAAGAGGAAUGAGUUCUGUAAGCUCGUUGCGCGGGAAUACCUGAGCAACUUUGACUUCACAGGAGACAGGCUGGAUGAGGCUCUGAGGGAGUUCCUUCGGUGCGUCACAGUGGUUGGGGAGACGCAGGAGCGAGAGAGGGUGCUGGCCCACUUUUCUCACCGUUUCUUUGACUGCAAUCCCGGUGUGAUGGAGUCUUCGGAUGCUGCGCAUACCCUGACGUGCGCCGUGAUGCUGCUGAACACGGACCUUCAUGGACAGAAUAUUGGAAAGAAGAUGUCCCUGAAUGCCUUUGUCACGAACCUGGAUGGAAUGAACGACGGUUUGAGCUUUCCUCGAAGCGUCCUCAAAGCUCUGUACAAUGCCAUCAAGGCGCAGCCCUUGGAAUGGAUCGUGGACGAGGAUGAUGAUGGGAGUGACGGCUCAAGUACGGGUAAAGGGUCUAAGAAACCUUCUCGGAACGGAACUCUGAGUGGAAACCCAUUAGUUCAGAUCGAUGACGAUCCCAAUGCACCCGUGUACAUCCAAACAUAUAUCAUGAGGAAAUUAGUGACAGACGCUGAAGGCAAAAAGACUCCCAAAGGAAAACGAGGAUGGAAGAUGUAUUUUGGGACAGUGAAAGGUCUUUGUAUCUACCUACACAAGUCCGAGGUUGCAAAGGACAUGGCUUUCAACAACCCCAAGGAUGUCAUGAGGAUCCAUCAUGCAUUAGCCAGCCGGUCUGGUCAGUAUGAUAAGAAACCAAACGUCUUCUCUCUGCGGCUGGCCAACUGGAGUGAAUACCUUAUACAAUGUCUUGAUGUUCGAGAUAUGCAGUCUUGGAUGCAGGCCGUCAACCUAGCAGCGGCAGUUCAUUCCUCGCCGCCCCUUCCUGCAGCGGUGGGCUCACAGAUGGCAUUCAGGAGACCUAUACUACCAAGUGCUUCUUCAAAACUUGAACCAGCUCAACAGCUAGCUAGUCAUGAUGAGAAGAUUGAAGCUUUAGAACGGGAUUUAGAAGAUCACAGGAGCUAUCCUCCUGACAAGAAAACGAAGACGAAGAUCAUCAAGGAUUUCCAGACCAAGGAUGAAUAUUUGGAAUAUGAGAUUUCAAGAUUCAAGACGUACAUCUACCUGCUGCGCUCUCAGCCUUUCAGCUCCUUGCCACCCCGAUGUGCCCCGCCCGCGCCGUUGUCAUCGUCAGCAGUCGCCAAGCGAUCGUCUCCCGCUCCCGUUCCGAAGUUCGCAUCCUCUCAUUCCUCCACGUUAUCACGGUCCGCAUCGGCUCCAAACCAACUGCCAAAGGUCACAUCGUCGUCAUCAUCGUCAUCGAUCUCCAAAUCGUCGUCAUCAAUGAAGGCCACCGUCGGGCGAAAAUCUCCAGAGACUAACUCCAAGUCGAACCUGCGCAGAAGCACCUCCAACACAGGAAGCCAUCCCGAUCCUUCUGAAGAAUCGCAACCGUUCCUCAGGGAUAACUCCAACAAGGUAUGAUCUUCAUACACUUUGGAUGCAAUGCUAAGUAUAACUAAAAAACAUCUCAGUAAUUAUUUGAGAGAGAAAAAAAAUGAAGAAAAUGCUGAAUAUAAAAGAUUUUGUUUUCGUACCAAGUAGCAACCCAUGCCAAAAUAUGAAUUCCAAUUUUUAGUUUUUAUCAAUAUUUGCAUGCAGUGAUGUUACAUGACUAACUCAUUCUCAUAAUGCAAUUUUAUAGUUUUAUUUGUACUAUAACCUACUUGCUCACAUUCAAAGAGACAGUGCACAAAAAAUUAUUUUACGGUCAAUUGAAACCUUUUCUGACAAAAACAGUAACAUUAGAUUUUAAAAGUUUUAUAGUUGUCUUUAAAUUAAUUGUGAGCAAUUAGGUACUUAUUUAUUUGCAGUUCAUAGGGCCCCUUUGCUGAAAGAGACGCAAUCAGACGCAGGUGCUAAGAUUGAUCACAACGUGGCUUUCGACCAAUCAUAAUAGCUCUUUUCGGACUUGCGUUUGAUUUUCUGAGUUGUGUUUAAACGGUUGAACUCUUUCUGCAAAAGGCCCUGAUCUUUGUUUCAUUUUAUUAUCUAUAAUUCUUCAUCGUCUUCAACCUGUAUAAUCUUAAUCAUUUCAUUAUCUUAUGUUAAUCCCACACUUUCUGUUUUUGUGCUUAUGGGCCAAGAUUUUGAACUCCAGUGUGCUCAAACCAUAGUCUACAUGACGAAAAUUUUGCGUUUAAGAGCAGUAUACCCCAAGUUUCCCUUAUCAUCAAAUCUCUUCUCAAAACCCUAUUGCCCUCAAGCAUGAAAUUUAA